GGCUUCGCUACCCACCCCGUUUGGAUUUGGACCUCGGGAGGUGGGGAGGAGGCCUACGCCUUUAAGAGGCUGGGCUGGAGAGGGGGCGGCGGGCUGGCGGCGCGUCCCGUGUGCGCUGGGGGAUCCUGCGCAUUGGAGCUGCGCCCUGCUUGACAGGCUGCGCGCAGACAGCAGCCGUCGCCGCAGCCCAGGGCUCUCGGACAGCCCGGGAUCAGCUGCAGCGCGGCGGGCGGGUGGAGGCGGCGGCUGCUUCCAGCCAUGCAGCUCCCCGUGCGCUCCCAGCUGCUGCUCCUGCUCUUGCUGCGGGCCAGCGGGCUGCGGGCCGGCGAGCGGAGCAGCAGCGCCAUGGAGGAGAUCGCCACGGAGAAGGAGGCGGAGGAGAGUCACCGGCAGGACAGCGUGAGCCUCCUGACCUUCAUCCUGCUGCUCACCCUCACCAUCCUCACCAUCUGGCUCUUCAAGCACCGCCGGGUGCGCUUCCUCCACGAGACCGGCCUGGCCAUGAUCUAUGGACUCAUUGUUGGCGUGAUCUUGAGAUACGGUUCUCCCUCCAGCAGUGGCCAUGACAAGCCAUUCAGCUGCUCACAGGAGGACAGACCAUUUACAACGCUGUUGGUCAAUGUCAGUGGAAAGUUUUUUGAGUACACCCUUAAAGGAGAAAUAAGCCCUGGAAAAAUACACAACGUGGAACAGAAUGACAUGUUGCGAAAGGUAACAUUUGACCCAGAAGUUUUCUUCAACAUUCUGUUGCCUCCUAUUAUUUUCCAUGCUGGGUACAGCUUGAAGAAGAGACACUUUUUCAGGAAUCUGGGGUCUAUCCUGGCUUAUGCCUUUUUAGGAACUGCAGUCUCUUGUUUUAUUAUCGGGAAUCUCAUGUAUGGUGUUGUAAAACUAAUGAAGUUGGUGGGACAACUCUCUGAUAAAUUUUACUAUACAGACUGUCUCCUCUUCGGAGCUGUCAUAUCUGCUACUGAUCCAGUUACCGUGCUGGCAAUAUUUAAUGAGCUGCAUGCUGAUGUCGAUCUCUAUGCCCUUCUGUUUGGAGAGAGUGUUCUAAAUGAUGCUGUUGCCAUUAUCUUGUCUUCAUCAAUAGUUGCCUACCAGCCAACAGGUGAAAACACCCAUGCAUUUGAUGCUGCAGCAUUUUUCAAAUCAGUUGGAGUUUUCCUUGGAAUAUUCAGUGGCUCUUUCAUGAUGGGAGCAGUGACAGGGGUUGUUACAGCUCUGAUAUCCUUUUUUGUUAUUUAUGUGACUAAGUUUACCAAACUGCAUUGCUUCCCCCUGCUGGAGACAGCUCUCUUCUUCCUGAUGUCCUGGAGCACUUUCUUGUUAGCUGAAGCUUGUGGGUUUACAGGUGUGGUGGCAGUUCUCUUUUGUGGAAUUACACAGGCUCAUUAUACAUACAACAAUUUGUCAGUCGAGUCAAGGAGCCGAACUAAGCAGCUCUUUGAGGUACUGCACUUCCUGGCUGAAAACUUCAUAUUUUCAUACAUGGGUUUAGCCCUUUUUACUUUCCAGAAACACAUAUUCAGCCCAAUUUUCAUCAUUGGAGCUUUUAUUGCAAUCUUUCUGGGCAGAGCUGCACACAUCUACCCUCUCUCUUUCUUCUUGAAUCUGGGAAGAAGGCACAAGAUUAGUUGGAACUUUCAGCACAUGAUGAUGUUUUCAGGUCUUAGAGGAGCCAUGGCAUUUGCUCUGGCCAUACGAGACACUGCUACUUACUCCCAUCAAAUGAUGUUCUCAACAACCCUUCUUAUUGUCUUUUUCACUGUCUGGAUUAUUGGUGGAGGCACAACACCCAUGCUGUCAUGGCUGAACAUUAGAGUUGGUGAUCAUGGUCCAUCGGUGGAAGAGAUAAAUGAAAGCCGCUGGCUGUACUUCAGGGUUGGAGUUGACCCAGAUCAGGAUCCCCCACCCAGCAAUGACAGCUUUCAAGUCUUACAAGGAGAUGGUCCAGAUUCUGAAAGAGGAAACCGGACAAAGCAGGAAAGUGCUUGGCUCUUCAGGUUAUGGUAUAGCUUUGAUCACAAUUAUUUAAAGCCCAUUCUCACCCAUAGUGGCCCUCCGCUAACUACAACCCUUCCAAGUUGCUGUGGUCUGCUGGCCCGCUGUUUGACUACUCCACAGGUUUAUGAUAAUCAGGAGCAGCUUAGAGAGGAGGAUUCAGAUUUUAUUCUGAAUGAUGGUGACCUCACUCUGACAUAUGGUGAUACGACAAUAACUGCUAAUGGCUCUUCUGGCUCCCGCACUGCUACCACUAGCCUCGAUGGCAGGAAAACAAAAAGUAGUUCAGAGGAGGCAUUGGAACACGAUCUGGGAAUGGGAGAUAAUGAAGUUACAAGCAGGGGCACCCGACUAGUAUUUCCUUUGGAAGACAAUGCAUGACUACUGCCUCAGUAAAAAUACAGCUAUAGCUGUGGAUGGAUCAAGGAAGACUGCAGGCCCCAGUGUCACCUGAGGUGGGAAUGCUUAGUGAAUUGAACUAACCUGUUUAUAAGUGGUUUUACUAAAGUCUGAAGACACCAACCUUGACUUUUUUUUUUUUUUUUUUACUCAAGAUGCUGACAGUGGGUUUUUAAAUGUCUAAACUAGAGAAAUGGGAAAAUUGGUCAGUCUCUUCUCACAAAAUUGCAUACUGAAUCUAAGUAGAAUUAGCAUGCUGCAAUUCUCUCUCAUUCAGUUGCAGCACCUUUCUGAGAAGAGGUAUGUGAAAAUGUUACCCAGCAGAACCAAGCUAAUUCAGGCUGGGUGGAGUUCUAGCUUGGUUUGGGAGUGAGGGAGGGGAAACCCAAACAAAAGUCUAAUUAUUCUGAGACUUAAAGGUAUGGGUGCAUGUCUGAUUUUCGGGCGGUCCAGUGUUAAAUUGCUCUCUAGAAAACUUGAAACUAUGUAUAAAAGGGAACAGUAUGUACUAGGAGUACAGGUGCAUGAAUGCAACACUUUUCUGGGAUUUGUUACUAUGACAAACUGCACUGAAUUACUUCAGGAAAAAGGGAAAACAGCACAACUUCCUCACUGGCAACAUAUAGUAGGUACAGUUUAGAAUAAUUCAGUAUUUAAAUAGGGAGGCAGUGAAUGUUGUUUAGUCCCUUAGCUUUGGACAACUUGAGUAUUACUGUUUGCAUAUCUUCUAGCACAUCACAAGAGAAAACUUCUUCGUGUCCAAGACUGAAAUGAAUGACUCAAGCCCUUAUCUAGGCUUAGAUUUAAAAAACCACUUGUUCUCUCAUUAGGUUGUUAAAAAUCAGAUGAAGGAAGCCAGAACCCAGUUUUUUUCAUGGAGAUAGAGCAGAUAGUGAUAUUGCUUACAGUGCAGCUAGAAAACAGUAUUGAACAUAUAUGAAACCAAAAGGUUCCAUAUUGAGAUGGGAAGUAUGCCUGGAAUCUGCUUUGAUUGCCUGUUAGCUGUGAUGGUUUAAACUGCAAAUGUUUUUAUUUCAAAAGGGAAAGAUACUAUAAAUUUAACCAUUUGUGGUUAUUACAUCUGAAGAAAGGUGUUUAUAUUCAUUCUCUCUUGCAGAGUACGUGUGAACUUUCAGCAAGGCACUGCACAAUAUGUAAACUGUGCAAGUGGCCUACACACUAUAGUCCCAUCUGAAAUGUGAAAAGGGAAAAAUGUCUUUGCUUAGUACUUGGCCCAUGUUCAUGUAAACUUGCUUUAACUUAUUGCUUAAGGCUUUUUAAUUCCCAGCUCAGUAGCUAUAAGUGACCUCUGGCGUAUUAAAGCAAAUAGUUGAAAUCUAUUACCUCCUAAACAGAAGCUCAGCUACUGAAAGCAUGCUUUAAAAUGAUGUAGUUAUACUUUCAUGGCUCAAAAUGGUUUAGAAAAUGUUAUUUUUUUAAACUGGCAUUUUGUGGCCCACUAUUAAAAUGUAAUGUAAUA